AUGUCUUUAGCAGCAAUAUUAGAUUCAAUUCAAACAAAUUUGUUUCGAUUUGGCGGUCCGUUCGUAAUCAUAAAUGCGACGAUUAGUUGUAUACUUAAUAUCUUGGUUUUCACAAAACCUACUCUUAGAAAAAAUCCUUGUUCAAUUUGUUUCAUUGCCGUCACCAUUGCAAACACUUUAUACCUAUAUUUUGUUUUCAUUCUUCAAGUAACUCAAGUUGGAUACAAUACUGAUCCAAGUAUAACUAAUAUUAUUUAUUGUCGCAUUCGAUUAUACAGUUCAUGUGUUGGAAAUUGUUUGGGCCCAUCCUUCUUGAUCCUUGCAUCGAUCGAUCGCACAUUAAUAACUUCAAAAGAUGCAGGAGUACGAAAACGAAGUUCAAAUCGUUUAGCUAUAAUAUGUAUCAUUGUUUUAACUAUCUUCUGGAUGUUAUUCCAUAUUCAUGCAUUCUUCUUUGCAGAAAUUAUACAAGUUGGACCAAAUUUGUUAUUCUGUUUUUCUCAACCAGGAGGAUACACAGUUUUCACGAGCUAUUUUGCACUUGUGUUCAAUGCAAUAAUAGUACCUCUCUUUAUAGUCAUAUUUGGACUUUGGACAGUGAAGAAUGUCAAAAUAGUACACAAUCGCGUGCAUCCUGUUGGUUCAUUUGGAAAUACGUCGAGCACAGUAGGAAAAAAUCAACAUAUUGGAUCAAAAGAUCAUCAAUUAAUUAGAAUGUUACUGAUUGAUAUUCUUACCUAUAUUAUCUUUCGAGUUCCAUUUGCUCUCUUUCUUGUUUAUCAACAAAUUACACAAUAUCAAUUGAAAUCUAAUGAUCAAAUAGCUAUCGAUUAUUUUGGUUUCAAUAUUACAUAUUUUCUUUUCUUGGCUGUAGCUGCUAUUAAUUGUUAUACAAAUCUAUUAGUUUCAAAAACAUUUCGAGCCGAAUUGAAACAAACCUUUUUAAAAUGUGUAAGUUUUUGUUUCGUUCAACAAAGGGAAAAUUGA